GAUUGGGGGUUCUGAGUGAUUUCUGGGGUGGAUUUGGGGCAUUUUGGGGUGGUUUGGGGGUUUUCUGGGGUCGAUUUGGGUGGGGAAGGCAUACUCAGGGGUGAGAGGAGUGUAAAGGAAUGGGAGGACCAGGAAGGAGGAAGGGCUGAGCACAAGGUUGUGCUGAGGUCACCGCAAAGAUGCUCUAGAGAAACCGAUGCUUCGUUAGCAUGAUAAAACACCACCCUCCAGGAGUGGUGAUCGGAGGUGAUAACGAGCGAUGCCCUGGUCGGGGGGAACAGCCUGAGAGUUGGGCUCUUCCCAGUGCCCAGCUUCAGUUCCCAGUGCUUCUUCAGUGCCCUGCCUUGCUCGUGCGGAGAUGCGCACGCUUGGAAGGUCGUGAGCAAGGGGAUUUGAUUUGCGGAAUCCAACUCCAUCACCCGAGAUUAGGUUCUAAAGCAGGCUCCAGCUAAACUUCUGUCUUUGACCUGUGAUCAGUGCAGCCUGCAGGAGAGCACGGGAUGGCCCCAGCCCAUCCAUCUCGGGAGCCCGUGAGCUUUGCGGAGGUGGCCGUGUAUUUCAGCAGGGAGGAGUGGGCGCUGCUGGAGCCUGCGCAGCGAGCGCUCUACCGGGACGUGAUGCUGGAGACGUACGAGUGCGUGGCCUCGCUGGCACCACUUCCAGCCCCCAAACCGAUGGUGAUCUCCCAGCUGGAAGGAGGGGAAGAGCCCUGGAUCCCAGCUGUGCACAGCCCAGAGGUCUUGGCAGAAGGCUUUUGCCCAGCAGGAGGUAGGAUCACAAAUAGAAAGGAGGAUCUGCAGAAAGGUGGUGUGGCCAAAAGGCAUUGGGGUAGUGGCUCUGUGGAAGAAAUGCGAAGGGAUGUCCGAUGGGGCCUGGAGCAAGGAGAGCACUUGAAGAAGCCACUGGGAAACCAUCCAGGAAAGAGAGUGAGGAACGCGCUGGGCUGCAGCACAGGUCAGGAGCAGCUGGAAGACGUAAGGAGCAAGGAAGAGUGCCAGAAGAAAAGGCAGAAUCAGUGUGAUGAGUCUGGGAAAAGCUUUAAGAGGCAUUCCAGCCGUGUUAACCAUGAACGUAUUCGGCCUGGGGAGAGACUAUGCAAGUGUUGUGAUUGUGCAAAGAGCUUCCGAAGGAGUUCUGACCUCAUUGUCCAUCAGCGCAUGCACAGAGCAGAGAACUGCUUUAAAUGCCCUGAGUGUGGGAAGGGCUUCAGAAACAGUUUCAACCUCAUCCGCCACCAGCGCAUCCACACAGGAGAGAGACCCUACAAGUGCCCUGAGUGUGGGAAGGGCUUCAAAAUGAGUUCCCAUCUCAUCCGCCACCAGCGCGUCCACACAGGUGAGGGACCCUACAAGUGCCCUGAGUGUGGAAAGGGCUUCAAAAGCAGUGCUGACCUCAUCCGCCACCAGGGCAUCCACACAGGAGAGAGACCCUACAAGUGCCCUGAGUGUGGGAAGAGCUUCAAAAGGAGUCCCCAUCUCAUCAUCCACCAGCGAAUCCACACGGGAGAGAGACCCUACAAGUGCCUUGAGUGUGGGAAGGGCUUCAAAAGCAGUAGUGAACUCACUGUCCACCAGCGCAACCACACAGGAGAGAGACCCUACAAGUGCCCUGAGUGUGGGAAGAGCUUCAAAAGCAAUUCUUCCCUCUACUCCCACAAGCACAUCCACACAGGAGACACAUUGUAGCAGUGCCCUGAGCUUGUGAGAAGCUUCACAAGCCCUUCCAGCCCCGUUACCUACCUCCACAUCCACCCAGUACACAGAGCCUGCAAGUGCUCCCAACAGCAUGCACCUUUCCCUGACAGGUGAAUGCGUGCUUUCAUCGAAUGGAGUCAUGGUGCAGAUAGCAGGCAACACUUGGUGUGAAGAAUAUGUGUCCCAGUGGGCGUUCACUUGAAGAUAGCACUGUGAGCCCAGCAGGGAAUAGUGCUUGUGAGUGAGAGCAGAGAAAUAUCAACUCUGGCCAUGUUCAGGCACCUGACAUAGGUUGUAGGGCAGUCCCGAUCCCUCCAAUUCCCUUCCUUAUUCUGGAUGUAUCUGAAGAAAUUCUACUUCCAGUUUCCUCUCUUUUCCUUCCUCUCUUCCUCCCCUACCUGUAGAAUGGCUGCUUGGUGGCUUUUGGAGUCAAUGGUGAAUUACCGUGCGCACAGUGGUAAGAGGACGGAUGUGCUGUUUCUCCCGAGGAACAAAAUGUGGGUACCCUGACAACCAGCUGCUGCCCCUGGUAACAAAAAGGGUGCUAUGGAGAGGAUAAAAACCCAAAGAGUUCUCAGGAAGAACGGGUACCCCCUCCUCUGAACUGCCGUCGUGCAGGUCAACAAGACGUCACUGACCAACUUGCUGCCUCCCACGGACCAACGAGACGUCGCUGGAUCCCUGGUGCUGACUAUCCCCACUCUGUAAACCCUUUGCUAGAAUUUCUCUCUUUACUAUCGCCAGCUUCCCCGUCUCCCUGAGUUGCUUAGACCUUGUAAUAAAUCAGCUGGACAACACUG